AUGGAACCAGGUAAUGAUACACAAAUGUCAGAAUUUCUUCUUCUUGGAUUAUCAGAGGAACCAGAAUUACAGCUCCUCAUAUUUAGCCUUUUCCUGUCCAUGUACCUGAUCACUGUGUUUGGAAACCUUAUCAUCAUCCUGGCUGUCAGCUCAGACUCCCACCUCCACACCCCCAUGUACUUCUUCCUUGCCAACCUGUCCUUUGUAGACAUCUGUUUCACCUCCACCACCAUCCCCAAGAUGCUUCAGAACAUCCAGACUCAUAGCAAAGUCAUAACCUACGAAGGUUGCAUCACUCAGAUAUACUUUUUCCUGUUCUUAGCUGGGUUGGACAAUUUUCUCCUGGCUGUGAUGGCCUAUGACCGUUUUGUGGCCAUCUGUCACCCCCUGCACUACAUGGUCAUCAUGAAACCCACCUACUGUGUACUUCUGGUUCUGAUGUCCUGGAUGAUGAGUGCCCUGAAUUCCUUAUUACAAAGUUUAAUGGUGUUGUGGCUGUCCUUCUGUAGAUUGGUGGAAAUCUCCCACUUUUUCUGUGAAAUCAAUCAAGUGGUCCAACUUGCUUGUUCUGACAAGUUUCUUAAUGACAUGGUGAUGCAUUUUGCAGCUGGCUUGUUAGGUGGUGCUUCCCUAGCUGGGAUCCUUUACUCUUACUCCAAGAUAGUAUCUUCAAUACAUGGAAUCUCAUCAGUUCAGGGCAAGUACAAAGCUUUUUCGACCUGUGCAUCUCAUCUCUCAGUUGUCUGCUUAUUUUAUUGUACAAUCCUAGGAGUGUACCUUAGCUCUGCGUCUCUCCAAAGCUCCCACUCAAGUACAGUAGCCUCAGUGAUGUACACUGUGGUCACACCGAUGCUAAACCCCUUCAUCUACAGCCUGAGGAACAAAGACAUAAAGAUGGCUCUUAAAAGAAUCAUUGGGGUUCCAGUGAUGUAA